AUGGCGAGGAGCGCCGCCGCCGCCAGGCUGCUCGCCUCCUCACUAUCUCCCUUCCGUUCCAGCCAUCACCCCCGGCAGCGCCGUCCUCUCCUCCUCCCCACAUCGCGCUCCAAGACCUACUCAGCCAAGCCUCUUCGUCCAUCUUCUCGCACAGGCAAGCCAGCUGCACCCUCCGUGUCACGCCCCUCUCUCUUCCAAGAAAUCUCCGGCGUCAUCGACUCCGUCGCCGGCCCGGUCAGUGACCCCCCGUCUCAGCCUCGAGUGACUGGGCAGCUGUGCAGUGGCGACGAGACCCUCUUACAGUGCCCAGAAGGUGCUCGCCCAAAAGUUCCAGAGAGCGCGGCGGCGACUUCUGCCUCUUUCCCUGGCAGAGUUCCUCCGCGCGGGGAAGCAUCUUGCCAGGAGGUAGUGGCAGGAGAUGGAAAUGCCCAAGAUUCUGACAUCGACAUUAUUAGCGCCGAUGUACAGAGGGUCACAGAAGUUUUGCUGUCAGAGGUGCCCGGGUUGUCCUUAGAGCAGAGGUUGGGGAACCUGGGAGUUACAUAUACACCGAGGCUUGUCAACAUGGUACUCAAGAGGUGCUUCAAGAAGAGGCAGUUCGGGUUCAGGUUCUUCUACUGGGUCAAGCAAGUUCCGGGCUUCCGCCACACCACCGAGACAUACAACACGAUGCUGUACAUUGCAGGCGAGGCGAGGAAUUUCGAGUCGAUGGAGGAGCUGAUGGGAGAGAUGGACACCAAGAUGUGCGUGAAGGACAUCAAGACUUGGACAAUCAUCAUAGACGGUUAUGGGAAAGCAAGGCAGACUGCCAAGAUGCUGUCUACGUUUUACGCAUUGGAGAAAUCAGGGUCCGUGGUUGUAGACACUAAAGUCUAUAGGACGAUUCUUCGUGCCUUGUGCAAUGAUGAAAGGCAUGAGCUUGCUCUUGAGUUCUACAAAGACAUGCCUGCUAGCAUAGUUGUCGGAUCUUACAUUUUGCGACUUCUAUUGUGUUUGCUGGCAAGAUCAAAUAAUGCUGAAGCCGUCUUUCUUAUCAGAGAUGACAUGAUUAAAAGCAUGAGGUAUCCAGAGGAGUAUUGUUAUUCGGAAGUUCUACGAAGCUUCUGCGUCUCAGGAAAAAUAGUAGAGGCGAAGAAAGUCUUUCAGCAGAUGAUUAACAAGUCCAUGGCUAGCUCAUCUGCUUUUGAAAUCUUCUUGAGGGGGUUGUGCAGAAGCGGAAGGAUGGAUGAAGCUCUGCAGGUUAUUGAGCACAUGAAGAACAGAUCGUCUAUUAGCAGCACAGCAUUUGGUUUUGUCAUUGAUGGCUACUUGAGGGAAGGAAAUCGUACAAAGGCACUCGAGUUGCUUCAGGCCAUGAGAGAGUAUGGCUGUGUUCCGUUGGCAUCGUCUUAUACUCAGCUCAUGCAGCACCUCUUUACAUUUGAUCAAUAUGAAGCAGCCUGUCAACUGUAUGAGGAGAUGAAAGAAAUUGGUGUUCAACCAGAUACUGUAACGAUCACAGCUCUCAUAGCUGGGCAUAUUCACAGCGGAAAUAUUUCUGAAGCAUGGAACCUGCUCAGAAAAAUCAACCAGAGCGGUCAGAGACCCACAAUUAAAGCUUAUACAGUGUUUAUCCAAGAGCUCUGUAAGGCCUCCAUGCCCCUUGAGGCAUUAGAACUUCUGAAGGAAAUGCUGGAAUGUGAUUUCAGGCCUUCUGGAGAAACUUUCUACCGUAUUAUUUCUUCUUUGCGUCACAAAAACUUUCUGGGGGAAGCUAGCAUUGUUGAGAGGAUGCGGGCCUCUCUUUGUCUUAGAAGGCCUAGAGAAGAUAUGGAAUGUGGACCAUCGGAAAAAGGUAACACAAUUGAUGAAUUCCAGAAAUUAUCUGAGUCUGAUCCAGAAGAGAGGAAAUCAUCCAAAUCUGCUUCAGAUAAAGAUUACACGGCCCCAAGGUGCUCAAUUUAUGAUGGCGUGCAUCGCAUAGAACAAGCAAAGCGCUACAGCGAUGAAGAUGUUGAAGAAAUAUGUCAGAUCCUAUCAUCUUCGGACAAUUGGAGCUCGAUCCAACAGGCCCUAGAGAUGAGGUCGCUGCAUUUUACUCCAGAACUUGUUAUUGCCAUCAUGAAGCGCUGCAAGAGAAAAGGUCAUGCUGCUUUGAAGUUCUUUUAUUGGGUGGGGAAACGAUCCUACUACAUGCAGACAACAGAUACAUACAACCUGGCUAUGAAACUUGCAGGCUCUGCAAAAGACUUCAAGCACAUGAGGCACCUUUACAGAGAAAUGGCAUGGGCAGAAUGCUCCCCAACAGUGGAUACAUGGAAUAUCAUGAUUUGUCAGUACGGUAAUGCUGGUCUCACAGAAAUGGCCCUUGAGACAUUCUAUCAGAUGAAGCAAGAAGGCUUUCAGCCUGGCAGAAGUACUUACAAUCACCUGAUAAUGUAUGUCAGCCGCAGAAAAGGCCGAAAAGUAGAUGCUGCAAUCAAGAUCUUCAAGGAAAUGACUAAUGCAGGUUACAUACUUGAUAGUCAGGUGCUUUGCGGGUAUAUUUUGGCGCUAUGCGAAUGCGGGAUGUUGGUUGAUGCAAGAACCUCAAUAGUAUCCUUGUGUAAACAAGGAUUUCCUGCACAGAUUGGCUACUCCAUACUCCUUAGAUCAUUGUGCAGGUCUGAUAGAAAGGAGGAAGCUGUCAGCUUGUUUGACGAUAUCGAGAAAUGUGGUUGCUUCAGAAAUGAGCACACCUAUGGGAGCCUCAUUCACGCGUUACUUAGGUGGGAUCGCUUUGAAGACGCUGUGGCCAAGCUUGCAGAAAUGAAGAAUGCAUGUAUAUGUCAAAGCACCCAUAUAUAUACCUCAUUCAUCAUCUACUUCUUUCAGAAGAGAGAUGUUGCCAAGGCAAUGGGCAUGUUCAAGGAGAUGGCAGAGAAUGGAUGUGAGCCUACCGUUGUCACUUACUCCGCGUUAAUACGGGGUCUCAUGGGAAUGGGUAGGGUUUCGGAGGCAUGGGAUGUCUUACGACGCAUGAAACUGAAAGGACCGUUGCCAGACUUUGAGACCUACUCUAUGUUCAUAACAUACCUCUGCAAAGCUGGAAGAUCGGAGGAUGGGUUGCAGCUCAUCCAUGAUAUGCUGGAUGGUGGCAUCAUCCCGAGCGCAGUAAACUUCAGGACUGUUGUUCAUGGUCUGAAUAUGGAGGGCAAGCACAAGCUAGCGGACUCUGUCCUCCAGUCAAAGUGGCAUGUGCGGAGGCAACGGUCCUUCUCAGAAGAUUCAUUUGUUUAA